AUGGCUACCGCAAGGACUGUGAAAGACGUUUCUCCUCACGAGUUCGUCAAAGCUUAUUCUUCCCAUCUCAAAAGAUCCGGAAAGAUGGAGCUUCCGGAGUGGACAGAUAUUGUGAAGACAGCCAAGUUUAAGGAAUUGGCUCCUUAUGAUCCUGACUGGUACUAUAUCAGAGCUGCUUCCAUGGCAAGGAAGAUCUACUUGAGGGGUGGACUAGGUGUUGGUGCUUUCCAGAGGAUUUACGGAGGGAGCCAAAGGAAUGGCAGUCGCCCACCUCAUUUCUGCAAGAGCAGUGGUUCCAUUGCCCGUAACAUCCUUCAACAGUUGCAGAACAUGAACAUCAUUGAAAUGGACACCAAGGGUGGCAGGAAGAUCACUUCCAAUGGAAGGAGGGAUUUGGACCAAGUUGCCGGACGCAUUGUUAUUGCACCUUGA